AUUGUUGGAUACCUUAGACGGAUUAACUGCAACGACAUAGUGCAUGACUAAAUUGUUAAGUAACGCUUAGUUGCAGCUUAUGAAUAUGAAUAAAAGAAAUUCUUUUACUCGUGUACAUCUAUUUGUAUUAGUGAGUGCAUGCGCUUAUGUUUACUGAAAGUCCGGGUUUAGUUUAGUGCACCUGUGCGUUUAACUGAUAACCAAGCAUUGCGUGCUGAAAUAAUUUAUGUAUCAAGCUAUUACUGUUUUUAACUUUUGAAGCUGAUUUUUCAUUACGUAAUCUCUUAUAAGCGUUAAAACGGGCACGCACACGCACACGCAUACACUAACAAAACAAUUUGGAUUGCAGUUUUCUUUACACCUUAGCAGCAGCAACCGGUUGCAACGUGCGUAAGCACAUUUUCUUGGGAUUAUAUAAUAGAUUAAAACUUUCAACUAUCUCUUCAUCUAACAGCAGCAGCAACUGUAUCCGUAAAGAUGCUGAAACAUGUUCAAAUAUCUCCGUUACGUAACCGUUCCGACUCGGUUUCGUUACGUUCCAAUAACUCUUGUGCUUCAUCGAUGUGUGGUAGUCCUGAACCAAGCACCGACUUACCGCGUACACCGUCCCGCGCCUCGAGUUAUUCCAGUUUAAGUGAUCACUUGCCACAAACGACUAUUAAAGUAUUUACCAGCUGUUUAAAAAUUGAUAUCGAAUAUAAAACAUUAGGUAUACAGUGGGAUACGACGAGUAAGGAUGUCAUAAUGCAACUGCUAAGACGAUUAAAAAUGCGUCACCGCGAUCCACGUUUAUUUUACCUAUCUAUGGAAGUAUCUGUACGUCGUGCUGGUGUCAAAACUGUCCUAGUCUUGGACGAUGAUACACGCCCUGCUAUAUUGCAAGCAUGCCACCCGAAGGGAGAAUCUCGCUUUUAUUUGCAACUCAAGCCAGGGGGUUUAAUACGUGUCCAUACAUCAGAGUUGCAGCCUUCUUCCCAGUACAAAUCUCUAGUUAUUUCCGAGGAAACAACAUCAGAUGAAUUAUUACAGCUAUUACUAUCAUCCUACAAUUCUCCAGAACCGGUGGAACAAUUUUCUAUAUAUGAGGUUUGUCCUGGACAGGAAUAUCAACGUAAAUUACAUCCAGAUGAUGUGCCGUUAAGAGCGCAAGCCAAACGAGCUGAACGUGGGGAAAUUUGUCAUUUUUUGGUGAGACGAAACCCAAACUAUUUACGUCGUCGUCAGAUACUAACCACACUCGAUGAAGUCGUAAAAAAUUAUACGUCCUGCCCAAGUAAAUCCUUCGAUACUGAUAGCAGCUUAGGGUCGUUAGAUGAGAGUACCAGUCUUUUAGAUGUCUCAAUUGAAUCAUUAUCCGACGACAUGCAAAGUCUUAUGACAAGCUCGGAAGAGGAAGAUUGUGCAUCAUCUAUAUCCGGCUCUUCAGAUACUUCAAAUGAGGCUAUGCACAAUGUGCAAAGGACUCCCUCCACUCUUACAGUUAUACCGAAAACAAGGGAUAUCUGUACGAAAUGUCACAACAGUUACAAAUCUUGUGACGCUUGUUUCAAAAAUCCCGCGGAACCAAACAAUACCGAAAGACAAGCAUCUAUCUCUUACAAUCCAGUUUAUAAUAUACGUGAAAUACGUUCUACACCACAUUCUUUUUCGCCGUUAGGUAGUGAUAAAAAGUAUUUAGAUUUUGAGUCGAGUGCUUAUCUUGAGGCAAAUUACCAUAGAGGCUCAGAAAAAUUCUAUAGACCGGAUAGUCGUACAAUAGGAGGCUCUCGUAUGAUAUUAGAUGCAACAAAUCCGUAUGAAACAUUAGAUGAGACCAAUGAUAAUAUAACGUUAAAACCUAAGGUUGCAAAAACUCAGACAAUGACUCUUUUGGGAGAAGAGGUCAACAAUAAUCCAGCUAAGGGUUUAGGACAUUUUAUCUAUAUAUAAAAGGAACGUACCCAGAGAGCAAGAAAUAGUUCAAGCGAAAUAAAAGUAACCAUAGAUUCCUAAGCCAAAGAAAGACAAAAAGAAAAAAAGAAAUAAAUAUCUGUAUAAAGAUAUUACGUAAAAUAAUUUCUCAUUUUUAAGAAUCGAAUAUUUUUUUAAGAUCAAAAAUAAUAUAAAAUAAUAAAAAAAAAUUCGGAUUACGUAGACAGUUAGGGAACAUUAUUCAUAAGAUAUAUUAGUUAACGAAUCUGAGAAAAUGAAAUGAAAUACGAUGAUUGGUUUCUAAUCUUAAAAGCCUUAGAUACGUAAAUGUUAGGAGGAUUAACCUCGAAUAUUAUGGAUAUCUCUCCAAUUUUGAUUCAAGUGUGGCGAGUUCAAGUUGUUGCGUUUCAAUUUUCAGGUGUCCAGAUCCCCGUGGAACCGAUUCAUUUCAUAUAUUCGAUUGGGUUACUUGAGAAGGGGUCAGUUUUAUUAUAUGCUUUUUGAGUGAACACAAUCUGCAACCAAGAAGUUACGAAUGCCCAUUUCAACUGCAUGGAUUAGAGCUGAGCACUAAUAAUAAUAAGUUAAUAAGUUUUCAUCUUAACCGAUUCAUACACCAUUAAAGAUAAUUAAUUGAUCGUCUUGCUUAGCUGGUGGACCGAUGGUCAUCUGGAAGAAUGAUAGUUCAAAGUCGCUAGUUCGAAUCCAGCUCGAAAGGUCCAUUGCCUUCAUUCUUCUAUAAUCGCAGAGUUGGUGGUUUAAAUCAGGCUUGGAGAAAUGAUUUAACUUUUAUUACAGUCUGUAUUCUUCUAUACGCGAUUAUUUGCCUCAGACUCGACUAAAUUAAGUAACAUUCACUUUACAAGAAACGAGUUGAUAGUAAAUGAUUUUUAGGUAAUGAAAGCUUUAAGAUAAGUCGUAGUGAACUGGAAGAGUAUCUUUUUGAACAAUCAUCUGUAAAUGAAUUAUCUUUCCAGCAAAAGUUUUUACUAUUUAACGGUACAUAAUUUUUGUAAUAGAAAGAUACGCUUAAAGUAUUGUGGACUCUGAGUGCAACGUUUGCGCACAGCCUUUUAUAUUAAAAGAAGUAAAGUAAUAUUUUUAAAACACCCGCGCUAUGGUAAUGAUAUAUAAAUUUCUUUGUUAGGUUCGUAUGAUUUUCGAACUGCUGUUGAUAAGCAUUUUGUUCAUUUUUUUGGCUCACCUGUAGAACGAUACUCAUUAUAUUGUUAGACUGUUUCCCGAUGUUAGAUUAUUACGACUCAAAGAAAGCUAUUCUUUUGAGCAAGACGGGAACACACGCGAGACAAACCCAAAUCAUCCUUCAAAAUUGUUUGUAUUCACCCUUUUGCUAUAUAAACAAUAUCCACAAAAUCUCUUUGGGGUGAAUCAAGUACUAGCUCGUUUAUUUCGUUGUUGUUCUCAUCAGUAGUUAAGGUUUUUCUGAACGAGGUUCGUCUUCGACUACAUUACGACCCCUGUUAAAGGAUUUGCCUAUGAUCUUGGUAACGUCACACUCAUUACCGUAACACUUUUGGAAAAUUCUUAUGCAACAUCAUUGACAACAUGAUUGUUUAAGCGAAAAAACGCUGCUGUUACUAAUCCAACAGCGGUGCACAGCAGUCAUAUCAACCUAUUAAUAAAAAAAAUACACCUAUCGAUAGCAGUUUCUUUACUUUUUGUAUUUUAUCUCAUUAAUUUAAUAAAAUCCAACCAAAGAACGAAGAAAAACACACAUUAGGAUAAGCUUUCUUUUCUAUGGUUUAUGAAAUGGAUUCUUGGAUAUAUUUUUCCUUGAUUUUCAAUUUCAUUAAAGGCAAUUAUUGUUUAACUUUCGCAUCUAACACCCGUUAGUUAACAGAUAUGCUAACUUUUCAUUUUGCGUUUAUGUUAAGUUUCAUCAUCAAUCCAUCCGUCCGCGAUGCAAAGGUAUGCGAUACUUAGUAAUAAGUCUAUAAAACCAAUCUAAAUAUUAAAAGUGAAAAGAAUCCAAACAAACGAAGCGCCUGCAAGUAUAUAUAAAAAAAAAAACCUAUUUGAGGUGGCGGGUGUAUAAAUUUUUCCAAGUUGAACAUAUCUUUUGCUAGUUUAAAGUUCUAAUAAUCAACCAAAUCUUAUAUGUAUAUAAAUUAUUAUUAGAUUAAUGAGUAAAAAUUUAAUCUAUAAGUUCAUUCUAUAAAAU